GAGGGUGGGAGGAGGUGCGGGUGGGAGUCCCGCAGAAGGAGCGUUUCAAUCCCAACAUGAAUUCCACCCGCAAUCUGACCGACAACGCACGAGCGAUAUAAGCAGACAUCUCGGCGCCUCGCGCAAGCGGACACUUUCUGAAGUGUUUCCCAUCCGCGUCUGCUUGUUUUCCGCGGAUGCCCUUAACGUCUUCCUCGUGACUUCAACAUCGCCGCGGAACGGGAUGAGGUGGUAAAUGUCGCGUUUCGCAUCUUUUUGCUCCGGUUGAAGCCGCAGGAGUAUGUGAUCAUGUUGGCGACGCGCUGCCUCCUCCUGUGGGCUGCGGUCACCGCGCGACUCGCCGUGACAGGCUGGGGCAGCAGCAUCAAGCGGGACGGAGCGGAACGGGAACGCGAACAGAACGCAUAUGCAGAGGAGCUCACGCAGCCCCAGCGGCUGCUGCAGCGGACUGACGCGGAGGAGGAGCUGCCGCACGGACACUUGGGUACUCUAGUAAAGAUUGAUGCUGAUGGAGCGCAUCCCAUCCAUUUGGCUCAGAUCUCGUUCCAGGUGACGGCGUUUGGAAUCCCAUUUGUUCUAGACCUGGAGCUUAAUCAUGAUCUCUUAUCGUCUAACUAUGUUGAACGCCACUUCGAUGAGGAUGGGCGACCUUUUCAGAGUCUGGGAGGAGAGCACUGUUACUAUCACGGUCAUGUGAGAGGAGUUCAGAGGUCAUGGGCAGCUCUCUCCACCUGUCAUGGCCUACAAGGGAUGUUCUCAGAUGGCAACUUUUCAUACGGCAUUGAGCCCUUGCACAACAGCAGCGAUCAGGAUGCAAAUACUCAUGUUGUGUACAGAACAGCAGACAUCCGAUUGAGACCACACUCAUCAGGAAGCACCAGGAACAGCAGUGACUCUGACAUUAACAAUGACUAUCCUGUUUCUAUGGAAACGAACGAGCCGGAGCUCACAGAUGGGCUGAGACGGGCAAAAAGACAGGUUCGGAGGGGUCCACGGACCGUUCAGAGUGAAACAAAGUAUGUAGAGUUACUAGUGGUCAAUGAUUAUGAACUGUUUGUACAGAUGAGAAGAUCAACCCCUCAAACAAGGAACUUUGCCAAAGCUGUAGUGAACAUGGCUGAUGCUAUUUACAAGGAGCAGCUGAACACUAGAAUAGUGCUUGUCGCCAUGGAGACAUGGUCAACUCAGAACAUGGUUUCUGUUGGUGAUGACCCUUUGGUGACCCUGCGUGACUUUAUGAAAUAUAGGAAGGAAAAUAUCAAAGAGAAGAGUGAUGCAGCUCACCUGCUUUCGGGACGCACAUUUCAGAGCAGAAGCAGUGGCACUGCCUACAUUGAAGGGAUCUGCUCACCAACACGAGGAGGAGGAGUCAAUGAGUAUGGAAACGUGGGGCCCAUGGCUAUAACCUUGUGUCAGAGUUUAGGACAGAACCUUGGUAUGAUGUGGAAUAAAGAUCGUGCUACUGCAGGAGACUGUAAGUGUCCAGAUCCAUGGUUAGGCUGCAUCAUGGAGGAUACUGGAUACUAUCUACCCAGAAAGUUUUCACGGUGCAGUAUAGAAGAGUACAUUCAAUUUCUUCAGCAAGGAGGAGGGAGUUGCCUCUUCAAUAAACCUAAUAAGUUGUUGGAUCCUCCUGAAUGUGGCAAUGGCUUUGUGGAACAGGGAGAAGAAUGUGACUGUGGCUCCCAAGUGGAUUGCUCUCGUUCCGGGGGUGCAUGCUGUAAAAAAUGCACUUUGACCCAUGAUGCAAUGUGUAGCAAUGGACUCUGUUGUAGCCGUUGCAAGUAUGAGCUGAGAGGUGUGAUCUGCAGGGAUGCAGUUAAUGACUGUGAUGUGCCGGAAACAUGCACUGGCGAUUCGAGUAAAUGUCCACAUAAUGUCCACAAACUGGAUGGUUACAUGUGCAAUGCUGGACUGGGGCGCUGUUAUGGGGGUCGCUGUAAGACCAGGGAUGCCCAGUGUCAGGCGCUCUGGAGCCACAAUGCAGCAGAUCGCAUGUGCUAUGAGAAGCUGAACAUUGAAGGUACGGAGCGUGGCAACUGUGGUCAGGACAGCAGCUCACACAGCUGGAUUCAGUGCAAUAAACAGGAUGUGUUGUGCGGAUUUUUAUUAUGCACUAAUAUCACAGCGAAACCACGGUAUGGAGACUUAAAUGGAGAAAUCACAAGUCUUACCAUCUACCACCAGAACAAGUACCUGGAUUGUCGUGGGGGUCAUGCAGUGUUAGAAGAUGGCACUGAUCUCGGGUACGUGGAGGACGGCACGCCGUGUGGUCCUAAUAUGAUGUGCCUGGACCAUCGCUGUCUGGCGGUCACCACCUUCAACUUGUCGUCCUGUCCCGGGUCAUCGUCUUCUCACGUGUGCUCUGAUCAUGGGACAUGCAGUAAUGAGGUGAAGUGUAUCUGCGACGCAGACUACACUGGGAAGGAUUGCAGUGUAUACGACCCUAUUCCAGACCCUCAGCCUCCAGACGGUCCUGAGAAGUAUAAAGGUCCAAGUGGUACAAAUAUCAUUAUUGGCUCAAUAGCAGGAGCAAUACUGCUGGCAGCUAUAGUAUUGGGAGGAACAGGCUGGGGCUUCAAAAAUAUCAGAAGAGGAAGAUCUGGAGGGGGAUAAAGCAUGCCAUCUGCUCUCCUGUGCUUCUGCACUGUGUUCUUUAAACUUUGAGGGAAACAGAAGAAACUACAGAUGUCUUCCACUCUCUCACCAAACUCCAGUGUCACGCUGUCCUGUCUUUCUGACUUCCUGUUACUGCCUGUCACCUGUUGCCUAGAAACACUCCAGUACCAUCCCAUGGUAACAUUUUUAAACUGAUUUAGAUUUUACUGAUGUUGGCUAUUUGUAAUGGGUUUUGGCUCUUUAAACCCAGCAUAGAAACUGAAAAAAAAAAAAUUGAGUUUCAGAAUUUACUCUCUCAUGUCUUUUUGAACCCGUAUGACUUUCCGUUUCAUGGAGCGCAAGCAGAGACGUUCAGAAGUUCGUAUUGUUUAAUGCCAAAAAAAAGGACCAAAAAAGCAUCAUGAAGAUAGUCAAUCCGGCUCAUGCACUAUACGCAGAUACCUGUCUGCAUAUUCAAACAUGGAGCUUGGCACACUUCAGGUAGAUAAAUCAAGUCAGACUCUUCGGUUCCUUAUAAUAAUUUACAAAUUGUGGUUCUAAUCAUAUUGAAACAGUCACUAUGCAUGACCAUUUUAAACUUUCUUUUUUCGUUUUCUAAUGCUAAGAAGCCUAGACUUUACCUUCCCUGCAGAUAGACAGUCUUGACUUCCCCUAAAAGUUUAGAUGAAAUAUCCCAGUGGAAAUCCCAGAACGAUGUAUUCUCUAGCAUUCCAUGUUUAUCAUGCUAGUCCGAUAUCUAUAAUCUUGCUGCUUUUACUAUCAUCCAUAAUAUUCAUGCAUAACCAUAUGAAUGUACUUUUACAUAACGAAAAAUAAGACAUUGCUUGUAGGUGUUUAAUGUAGUUAUACUUUUCAUAAGCACAUUGCUGAGUGAGGCGAGGCAAGGUCAUUUUAGUAAAAUAUGUAUUAUAUAUCAUUUGUAAAUCUUAUGCGUAAGUGGAACACCGUUUGAAUGCACUGAGCUGAGGAUAAAUAUGUAUGUAUAUAAUGUAUAUGACAGCACUAUUUUGCCCUUUUGACUGUAGAAAUAAAUAACAGUCAUAAAUAAGCACAAAUAAAUUUUCGGGGUUAGGAAUUAAAAUAAAUUUGUACUGAAACUGCGUCAAAUAAUGCAGCGGGUAAAACAUACAAAACCACAACGGUCAAAGUCAAAUUUCCAUUCAUUUUUAUAUUACAAUAAUCUUACAGUAUAAAGGUUCACUAAGUGAUUUUUUUUCUCUUUAUGAUUUGGUGCCUAAUGUCAAAGUGGACUUAUAAGGACACGUAUGGUUCGAGUUUUUAUCGUUUGAAAUGAUUUUAUUUUAAUACAAAAUAAAAAUUUGAAAUUACAAAAUUAGAUUUAUGUUCAAAAAUAAACAAGCAUUCUAAAUAGAAAAUUAGUAUUUAUUGGGUAAUUUCUGGUAUUCUGUGCUUUUGGACAUCAUAAAAUGAGAAAAAUCAAACAAUUAGUAACUUCUUGUGAAAUCAUAAAAAGACGUAAAACACUGAUUUGCAAAUGGGUCUUUAUUAGUAGACUAUCAGGUUAGUAGAAUAAACUGACCUGAUGCACUUGGGUCGUUUAUAGUUAGUGCUGGGUAGAAUAAUUGACAUUGUAGUCAGUUACUGAUUGCAAAUUACAUGAUAAAAAUUGUAGUUACUAAUAAAAUCUAUUACAUUACACGUGUUAGCUAACUCGUUUAUCACUUUGAUUUAAAUAGGAUAAUCUUAUACCAUAUUAAUAUAAAAAUACAGAGGAAAAUAUUUAAUGCACAUGAUUUUGCUAAUAACAACGAAUUAAAUAUUACAGUAAGUCAAAACUGCACAGUUUCCAAAACUGGGAUUUGUGAAGAAACAGCAGGGAUUUGUGAAUUUAAUGAAAAACGAAUUGUUUAGUACAUCAUAAAAAUUCUAAAUUACAAUUUUAAAAUAAUAUAUAGUCAUGUAAUUAAUUGAUUUGUUCUGAUUACAAGUGCUUUAAAAUGUAAUCUAAUUACAAAUAAUUACAUAAUCCAGACUACAUGUAAUCAGUUUCUACCCAGCUCUGCUUAUAGUCAACAUAAAUUGAACUAUUAAAAUAAGGUGUUACUAAUAAAUUAAAACGUUCAUGCCCUGUCAUAGGAGCAACAGUUACUUACGAUUUUAAUGUAUGGGCAUCAUGUAUCCAGAUCCAGACCCCUUUUGUCCAUUUAAAAGCAUAUCUGCCACUAAAUUAUUAAAAUGUGUAUUGUUAUUAGCGACAGAAAAGGCACAGAAUACCAAGAAUGACCAUACUCAUAAAUCAUAAUCACAAGAAACAACAUAUCAGCUCCACGCUGCUUAUUAAUUAUCAUGCAGAGCCAGUGGGAAACAAGACACCCACUGAAUAUUGACAUUGGACGAUGCAGUUUCAUUCAAACUGAAAAUGCAAAGUCAGACUGACCCAUUUCAACUCUGAUGUACAUUUUCAUGUCAGACGCAAAAAAUUCUAACUCAAAUUGUACGUAUGGAAAUUUUAUUAUUAGACUUUUAUAAUGUCUCUUUAACUAGCAAAAACCCAUUCUUAAAUUACAUUAUCCUUAAGGAAUGGUGGGUAUACAAUAUUAAGUAUUAGCAACGGAUUCAAAGAAUUCUGUAAUAUUCUGAUUUGAUUAGAAAUCUAAUUCAAUAUAUGCAGCAUUUACCCUCAUGUAAGCUAACCUGAAGUCCCUCUCGGCUAAUGUUAGCACUUUAUUUCUAAGGCAUAACGGGGACCUGUUCAUGCCGUUGUAUAAAUAUUCAGACUAUACUAACUAAGGUUUAAGAGAAUGGGACUAGCCAGAGCAUAUUUGUAGAAAACUAAUGUACCUUUUUAUAGAAUUACUUUAAAAUUAAGCAUUUUUAACCUUUUCGACUUUUAAAAAUGAAAAAAAAAAAACAGUAGAGGAGAAAUGAACCGGUAACUGAAAUAAAGUGAGUAUAGUAACCAGUGGAUACUUCUAUUAACGGUGAUCUAAUCGGUUUGGGAUAUAUCUACAGUAUGAGUCAGUAGGAAUGCGUGCGCUUUUCCAUACAAACACUACAUCUGGCCACAUGUUGUCUUAUCACAAUAAUUAAAAAAAAAAGUAUCCCUGCUAACCCAAAUCAAGUAACGGUAAAUUAGCAAUAUUCGUUAGUUCAGUUCAAAAUGACAUUUGGUAUUCUAUUUUCAUGUGCCUUCAAAACUACCUUAAUACUUCAGUAGAGUUACAUUCACCAAUGAUCUGCCUGUUCCAAAAGUACUGGUAAAUGUGCUCAUGUGCAAUCCUAUGACUUACAGUACAGCCAAAAAUUGGAUCUAAUAGUAAAAUUAUAUAUAUAUAAAAUGCGUUUUCUAUCCAGUCAUGUAUUCUCUGAUAAUGUAAAUAUGAUGGAUCCUAUAAAAAAAUUCAAAAAACACACACACACACACGAUCACACAUCUACACCAAAAAUAGAGCAUGUGCAGGACUCCAAAGAAUGACACACAUUCUCACUGGGCAAUUAUUAUUUUUUCCUUAUUGUUGCAACGUGAAAGGGACAUUCCAACCUACAACAUCUUUAGCCCAUUUCAGGCAAUUGAUAGUUUGGUUUGCAUGUUUUUGAGCCACUGAAACAUUUGUGUUAACGGACCACCAACUUGAUAGAUGCUGAGAGGAAUUAUUACGGACAAUCUAUUAACGUAGCUGAUACCAUAUUUUAAAUAUAUUGCCUUCAAGUCACAUUCCAACAAUUCAUUCCAAUCACUGUGUAUUUCAUUCACUGAGUUCCAGUGUUUUAGCAAUUUUUUCCUUCGGUGUGAAUUUUAAACUGUAGAUUUCUACGUCUAAAGAGUUAUUAGAGAAAUAUUAUACUUUGUAGUAAUUUUCAGUCUGUUUGACUAAUGGAUUGAAUGACAUCUGAAUCAGGUUCAGCUAAAUCUCACUGCAAAUAAGAAUUUUCCUCUAUGAUGCAACUCGAUCUCACUUCUGGUGGCUUGUAAUUUUCUCAAUAACGUUAAUUAGCACUGUGGUAGGAAAAAAAAAAAAAAAAAAAAACAUCCCAGAAAAAUGUAACAGCAGUUUUCUUCUUUCCACGACUAACUUGAUGAGCAGGCUGCCAGCAAAUCAAAGCUUGUUUUGAAAAAUGUUUCUACGUUUCAGACGAGAAUUUCUCAGAAUGUAUCAGCCGUAAACGAUGAAAUUCACAUCAACAGCAAAAGAGUAGAACAAUGUUUCUUUAUGUAUAUUAUUAUUGUCUGUACGCAAAGGUCUAAAUGUAUUUGUAACGGAAAACAAAUGUACUAGGCACAACUUUUGUCACGAUUUCACAAAUACAAGUAUCUACUGUGUAUCAAUAUGUAGUUAUAAAACUUUAAGAGUAUUCAAGAGUAGCAAUGUUUUAUUGUAUAUUUGUGUAUAACAACUGCCAUAAAAAAAACAUAACAUGAGGAUUCCUGGAGAAAUGUCUUCCGGGGUGUGAGACUGUGUGUAAAUAUUCUAAAGCAUAAACGAAACGAAUGAAGGAGAGGUAGAAAUAUCAUUGAUUUUUGUCCUCUCUAUUGCCAUAUAAAAAUAGAUUCCACUCAGCAUGCGUGAGAGUGAAAUGUUGAAAACAACUCAUCUCUUUUUUUUCUGUUCUGACAAGAUGCAAUGUAAUUUUUUUUUUUUUUUUAAUCUUAAAAACACUGGGAAUGUUGACGAGAUACUUGCAAGUUAUUAAGCUUAAAUAAAGAAAGACUUGAACAUUU